AUGCUCAAUCCACUUAAUGACCGAACAGGGUUUGUUAACGCAGCUGGUGAACUCAUCUACGUGUGGUCCAUAUCUAGUGGUUCCGGAGCUCCCAAGCAUCAACUGUAUUGUCCUGGCUUGUCAGAAACCGGACUUCGCGGGGCUAAUAUUACACGAGCCAUUUUCAGUCCGGAUACGGACGCUAGUAUGGUCGUUGGUGGUUUGGCCGAUGGUAGUCUUUGUAUUUGGGAUUUGCGCGCCAGUCGUUUUGGAAUGUGUCCUACACGGAACGAUCCGGUUCGGUCAUCUGAUUCUGACCAAUCUGACUACCGAAGAAUCAUGUUCGCCAAAGCUCCAAUUUAUUCCACAUCUGGUGUGGAUAUCCAACUAGUCACUUCCACUCAAAGCGCAUUUAUGGACUCGAAAUCCAAACUUCACGAAGCCGAAUCCCGACGGAGAUGUUCGACGAAUGAAGUGCAUCGGCAACAUUACUACCGUGCACAAAGCCAACACCACUCGGUGCCGAUCGUGGACGUACAACUCACUCCAUCUGCUAGAUGUGAUCCAUGUUUGACGACUUUCCAGUUUGCUGCGCUUGAUGAGUCCGGUGAACUGAGUCUAUGGAUGGUUCUUCGUCCAGCAAGGUCCACAGUUUACAACAUUUACGAGAGUUUGGCUGGAUCACAGACCGACUUGGGUUUGCGCCCGGCAGAACAUGUCGUGCAAAUGGUCUGUUUGGCCUAUCUGAUACCUACCUUGCCACUGGAUUUUGAGCUUGGAGAUUGGUCUACAAUGGAAGGAGUAGAAGAAGUUGGAGAUCAAAUGUUACCUUUGCGUGACAAGCCAAAGAUUAACGCAACCACUCUGGCCCUGUCAGGCAGUGGAGACUUUCUACUGGGAUUUAACAACGGCGCUAUAGUUAGACUUUCUAGAUCGUCCAAACAGUCUGUUUAUCCUCGCCAAUUCGGACAACCGUGGAAUCGAGCGGCUGUACGUUGUCUUGCAGUUCAUUCGAUAGCGGAGUUCAAGUUUUUUCUGGCGGGCUAUGCGGAUGGCUUCAUUCGUAUGUAUCACAUCAAUCAGCCAGAGCCGGUUUACGAACGAAAUAUUUGUGAUAUCUGUGACUGCCAGCUCAGUGCGGUGAAGUUGAUCUGGUCUACAAGUCGUCCAUCCAUAUUCUUUUGUCUCGAUUCUUCCGGUCGUAUUACCAGCUUAGACAUGGUUGAAGUUCUGCACGAGGGCAACAUGGAUGAAGAGAUAGAUUGCGCACAAAAGCACACAAUGGCUUCCGUAAACCAAGGUCUGGUAAUUCACGUUCCCAGUGCGAAAUUGGAGCAGCAACGAGUGUAUGAUUUCGCCCUGAGCAGGGGAGUUUUGGUCAGUUCCAAUGGUCAGACACAAAUCAUGUCCGCGUUUGCUUUGAUCUAUCCAGAAGCUGUGAAAAUUCAUUGGUUAGAUUCACAAUGGUCACAUGGGACUGGAGAAGAACUAAAGCUAACAAGAGAUCGUUUUUCUCAGCUGUAA